UGUAAGAUGUGCUUCACUGCUUCCACACAAAACAGUAACAUCAUCUCUCAAGUCAGAGGCACUGCUGCGUGUAGGGAGUGUCGUGUUGUAGCAAGAUGAUUUCUCUGAAAACUGGGUGGACUCUUCUCUGUGUAGCUUCUAUUGUGUCUGGCUAUGAAAUAUGUUACGAGUAUAGCAGUUUUCAAACCAAGGCAUUAACAUGUACUUACUCAUGCUGUGGGACAAGCUCUAACCGAUAUUGCUGCUCUAACGGCGGGAGUUCUUCAACGACGGGACUGAUAAUCGGGGUCGUGGUUGGUGUCGGUGUCUUGAUCGCCGUGAUUGCAGGAAUAGUCGUGUGCUGUGUCUGCUGCUGUAGGUCAUCCGGAGGUCGCCGGGGUCAGGUAGUGACCACCAGCCAACAACUUACCGUCAUAUCUGCAGGCGGGAACCCACCCACUGCUGCAUAUAAUGCAGGAUAUGUCCACACGGUUCAGCCUCCUCCUGGAACACCUCACCCUCCACCUACUGGGAUGGCGGAACCUCCACCACCCUACUCUCCUCAGAUAGGACCAGGGCCAGUACAAGCCCAUUCUCCAAUGGGAGGACAAGCCGUCCAUCAACCAAUGGCAGGACAAGCCGUCCAUCCACUAAUGGCAGGACAAGCCUUCCAUCCACCAAUGGCAGGGCAAGCCGUCCAUCCACCAAUGGCAGGGCAAGCCGCGAAUCCACCAAUUGCAAGACAAGGAAAUCAACCAAUGGCGAGACAAGCAAAUCCACCAAUGGCAGGACAAGCCGCCUAUCCCCUACCAAGUAGAGCAGCCCCUCCGGCUACAUCUGUUGCUCCUACAAUGGGUGACAAUUCUGAACAUACCAAAGCCAUGAGAACAAACGACACUGACAAGCACGUGUAUUCAAGCCUACAGUGGUAGAGAACUAUUCGGUCCAAAACCACAUUGGUAAACAUAAUACGCAGAAUAGUGCAAAUGUCAUACGGGAAACAAGGUCUCUCGUCAACAAGCCUCAUGCCAUUAUUGUGGUACAAGUGGUGACAAGUGGUGAACGCUGACAAUGCUCACGUCGAUGGUGAAUAUUAUCUUAGUUUGUAAAAUGCUCAGUAUCAUUGAAAUUCUGAGGCUGAGGAUAGUUGAAAGGUUCACUGAUUUUCAGUGAUCCAUUCAUAUAAUGUUCACAACUAUUUUCCUUUUGACGCAAAAUUGAAUCUGUUUCGGCAGAUAAUCGAGACAGAUUACUCUCUGGUGUUGACGUUAAAUAAAUAGAAAAGAACUCCUGUGAGAUUUAUCUUCAUACUGGAAAGAUAAACGAACACAUUUAUCUACUCCUAGGGCAGAGUGAAGUCGAGAAACAUUUGUUAAGUGUAGCUAACGAAUUUUAUGCUAAAAUAUACACACACUAAUUUUCUUUAGAGUUUAUGUUUUUCAUAAUAAUACAUACAUUUAUGCAAACAUGUUAUCGCUUGCAUAUUGGAUUUAACCUAAUACAGCUGACUUUCCGGCAACACGUUAUUUUAUGUAUAUUUUUAGAUUUUCUUAAUUAUUUCAUAAGAGCGUUUCGCAGAAUGUCACAACUUCAGCAACCAAAAGUUAUCUUUUUUAAAAUGAUGUUUGAGGAAACAUGGCACAACACGGGCGGACAUACGAUAAUAAUAACACCAAACUUCAAAACCAUAUAAUGCAUUUUGAACAAUCCUUAUACCAAAUUGCCUCUGUAACUCUCAUAUCAAUGACGAAAUCAGUACUAUGCAUAUUGCACGUGCACGAGAAUUCGUGGAAUUAUAAUUCUUAAAAUGGUAUAUGUUCCUCAAACAUUAUUGUCUCACAUUUGAGAGAGGUUUUAUGGGGAAAGUUAUGAUUUUAGUAUAAUAAAAGCAAUUGCAAACACACCAGUCUCUGAUCCUUUAAUUCUACAAUUCAGCCUAUUAAUGAAUAUUACACUCAAACAAUCACUCAUCC